AUGGCGGAUUCAAUACGAUCUCGCCCACACACACGUUCGCGAUCUCGUGUCCUUUCCACUGGGUCAGUUGCAGUUGAUGAUGAUGAUUCUUCACACUCAUGCUCUGCCAGUGGACAUCCUCCUGGAGCCUUUGAAAGCUCCAUUGUCGAAACACUCUCUCGAUUCGAAGCUGGUUUGAAUACAGCUCCUGACACGCUUGAUGAAGCUGGUUCUCUUGAUGAGAAUAUUGGACACUCAGGUGUCUACCGUUCGGGCGAGGCAAUAUCAGACCAACAGAUGGAACAUCUCAAGAUGAUACUUGAGAUGGACAAGGGGAAGCAAAGAGUCCUAGAACUCGAACUACAACUGGAAAAACUCCGUCAACAGAGAUCCUCUACGGAUCGACCACAGGAUGUCAACAAUCAUCCUGCCACCACAUCAACAGCCCGUACAGCCACAUGGAAUCCUAAUCUCGGUGAAAGGUUGGAAUUCAACCUUUAUGAACUGAAUAGCCGUGUUGGCAAGGCAAUCUCCCAAUUCAAGGAAGAUGUCAAGAAUACUAGAAAUGACAGACCCAGAACCCUCUACAAAGAGAUGAUGAAUGGGCACCAUUCUGGGACGCCAGAAACUGGUGGCUCUACACAUUCAUCUCGAACUCCUUGGGUGCAGGUGUCAGACCAUGAAUACUCUGUCCCCAAAACACAGUUACAUCAUGAGGCAGUUCUGGAAUUCAUGUCUCUUGAUGACAUACAGGUCACCAAUCUACACACAUUCUUUGAUAAGUUCCAGUCCGCCAUCACGAAAUUGGAGAUGUUGGAUGCUUCCCCCUCAGAUGCGUGGAUAUUUGAUACCUUCUACUCAGUUCUACUCAACAAUUGGAGGAAUUACAUUCAGAAGAAGAUAGAGGAGAUACAGGAUUUCAAAUCCACAGCUGUGGUAUUGAAUGUUGAUCUUCUCAUGGAGGAAAUCCGUUCGCGGCUUGAUCCUCCAAAAGAUAAAAAGAAUCUGCAGAAUAUAGAUUCUGCGGCCAACUCUGCUACAACAGCUACAACAGCUACAACAGCUACAACAGCUACAACAGCUACAACAGAUACAACGACCACUACACCUACCAAUUCUAACAACAAUACAUUGAAUUCGGCCCGUGGAGGCCGUACUGGACGUGGUCGUGGUAGUACUCAAGGGGGCUUCCGAAACCAUCAGGGAUUGGGAAAUCCACCUACAUGUUCUGAUUACAGUGCUUCAGAUAAUUGGAGGAUCUACAACGCUGUGAGGAUAAAGGAAUUCAAAGAAAAGAAGGAAAAGAACAAUAGUGAGGGUGGGACUCAACUAUUCAUUACAGAUGGUUCAGAGACCUUUCAGAUGGCAAACCUCGCGGAGGUUAUCAAUGUGCCAGCCUGUUUUGUGAAACUCCACAAGGAUCCCUUCAACGGGCGUUUAUACAUAUCAAAAGAUGUCAUCUUCAAGAAGGACCUCCAUCUUGCCGAUCCAUCGAUACCGACAACGCACAACCCGAAGGUUCUACCCAAUGCGGCCUGUAAAGCGGCUGCGGUGAUUCCUUCGGCGACACCAGGCCUACCCACUGCGGCCCGUCAAGAGACUGCAGCGAUUCCUGAUUCAUCAAUUGAUAAUCUAUUCAUUGAUGAGGAAAUUCGACCUGAGUGUCCAUUAUUUCUCAUACUCACUAAUAAUUGGUGGAUUGACUAUGAUAUCUCCGCGAGAAUACCUACCCUUUUAGUGCAGAAUACACUGAACUCCCCGGAACCCACAGUUGAAUCUGAUGACCCUCUGACAUCUACAAGAGAUAUCACUAUAGUGGGGGAAUCAACAGUGAGGGAAUCUUCAGUGAGGGACAGUCUUGAAGACCUACUCACUGAUCCCGAGAUCACUGCACUUUCAAUCCUGAAAAACCUCACGCGCGUCAAAGCUUCCAUGGAAUGGAAGUAUUAUUACAAGGCCUGUGUUAAAGAGAUCAACCGUUUGAAAUAUAUGUGUUGGAAAGAGAAUAUAAAGAAGAUAGGGGGAUAGAGGGAUAAAAAAUGAUGUAUAUCAUGACUGGUUUUUCAUUACUUCACAUUUUCCAGUCAUUUUUUGUACCUGUACUUGAUUUGAAGGCGAAUUUUG